CCACAAAAGAGACCCCAAAAAAGUCACCCAGAAUGGCCCCAAAAUGGGCCCUGCCCCAUAGAUCCCAUAGGGAUCCCCAUAGGACGCCCAUAGGACCCCCAUAGGACCCCCAUAGUGCAGCCAUGGGGUCACCAUGACCACCGAGAUCCCCUUCAAGGUCACCCCACAAAAACACCCCAAAAAAGUCACCCAGAAUGGCCCCAAAAUGGGCCCUGCCCCAUAGAUCCCAUAGGGAUCCCAUAGGACCCUUAGGGACACCAUAGGACCCAUAGGGACCCUGAUAGAACCUAUGGGGUCACCAUGACCACCAAGAUCCCCUUCAAGGUCACCCCACAAACAGACCCCAAAACAUCACCCAGAAUGGGCCCUGCCCCAUAGAUCCCAUAGGGACACCAUAGAACCCAUAGGGACCCCAUAGGACCCCAUAGUGCAGCCAUAGGGACCCCCAGAGAACCUGUGGGGUCACCAUGACCACCGAGAUCCCCUUCAAGGUCACCCCACAAAAAGACCCCAAAAAAAUCACCCAAAGGACCCCAAAAUGGGCCCUGCCCCAUAGAUCCCAUAGGGACCCCAUAGGACCCAUAGGGACCCUGAUAGAACCUAUGGGGUCACCAUGACCACCGAGAUCCCCUUCAAGGUCACCCCACAAAAAGACCCCAAAAAAGUCACCCAAAAUGGGCCCUGCCCCAUAGAUCCCAUAGGGACCCCAUAGGACCCCCAUAGGACCCCCAUAGGACCCAUAGGGACCCACAUAGGGACCCCCAGAGAACCUGUGGGGUCACCAUGACCACCGAGAUCCCCUUCAAGGUCACCCCACAAAAAGACCCCAAAACAUCACCCAGAAUGGCCCCAAAAUGGGCCCUGCCCCAUAGAUCCCAUAGGGAUCCCAUAGGACGCCCAUAGGGACCCCCAUAGGACCCCCAUAAAACCCCCAUAGUGCAGCCAUGGGGUCACCAUGACCACCGAGAUCCCCUUCAAGGUCACCCCACAAAAACACCCCAAAAAAGUCACCCAGAAUGGCCCCAAAAUGGGCCCUGCCCCAUAGAUCCCAUAGGGACCCCGUAGGACCCAUAGGACCCCAUAGGACCCAUAGGGACCCCAUAGGACCCCCAUAGUGCAGCCAUGGGGUCACCAUGACCACCGAGAUCCCCUUCAAGGAGGUGAUUGAGGCCAUUGCCGAGAGCGCCUUCAAGACGUCCCCAUAUCCCGUCAUCCUGUCCUUCGAGAACCACGUGGACUCAGCGAAGCAGCAAGCCAAGAUGGCGGAUUACUGCCGCUCCACCUUUGGGGAGGCGCUGCUGCUGCAGCCGCUGGACAAAUAUCCGCUGCAGCCCGGCGUCCCGCUGCCGAGCCCCGAGGAGCUGCGCGGACGGAUCCUCAUCAAGAACAAAAAGCGGCGACCGCGACCGCAAUCCGGAGCGCCGCCCCCCCCCCGCCGCCGGCGGAGCCUCCGCCGACAGCGCCCCCCAGCGGCGGCGGCCCAAUGAGCCCGGCCACAGCGACGACCCCCCCGACGCUGCGCCGCCCCCCCCGACCCCAAAUGGAGACGAACGACCCCAAAAGCUGGGAGAACCCCGAAAGUCCAUCGACCGCGAGGCUGAGAGCGAGGAGGAGGAGGAGGACGACCCCGAAAUGAGGAAACCAACGGGGGAGGAGGGCACGGCGAGCAGUGAGGUGCGGGCGAGCGAGGAAAUGUCCACGCUGGUCACCUACGUGGAGCCCGUCAAGUUCAAGUCCUUCAGCGCCGCCAGCAAGCGGGACAAAGCCUUCGAGAUGUCGUCCUUCGUGGAGACCAAAGGCCUGGAGCAGCUCACAAAGAGCCCCAUUGAGUUCGUCGAGUACAAUAAGAGGCAGCUGAGCCGCGUUUACCCCAAAGGGACUCGCGUGGAUUCCUCCAACUUCCAGCCACAGCUCUUCUGGAACGCAGGCUGCCAUAUGGCCGCCCUCAACUUCCAGACCCUCGACGUCCCCAUGCAGCUCAAUUUGGGGCUCUUUGAGUACAACGCCCGCUCGGGGUUUCUGCUGAAGCCCGAAUUCAUGCGGCGCCGGGACAAAACCUUCGACCCCCUUCGCCGAGGACAUCGUGGAUGGGGUGGUGGCCAACAGCCUCAGUGUGCAGGUGCUAUCGGGGCAGUUUUGAGGUCCAUUUGGGGUCACAUUUGGGGUCACAUUUGGGGUCCAUUUGGGGUCCAUUUGGGGUCACAUUUGGGGUCCAUUUGGGGUCCAUUUGGGGUCACAUUUGGGGUCUAUUUGGGGUCACAUUUGGGGUCCAUUUGGGGUCCAUGUGGGUCCAUGUGGGGCCGUUCUGUUGCAGGUGCUGUCGGGGCAGUUUUGGGGUCCAUUUGGGGUCACAUUUGGGGUCACAUUUAGGAUCCAUUUGGGGUCCAUUUGGGGUCUAUUUGGGGUCCAUGUGGGUCCAUGUGGGGCCGUUCCGUUGCAGGUGCUGUCGGGGGCAGUUUUGGGGCCAUUUGGGGUCACAUUUGGGGUCACAUUUGGGGUCACAUUUGGGGUCCAUGUGGGUCCAUUUGGGUCCAUGUGGGGCCGUUCUGUUGCAGGUGCUGUCGGGGCAGUUUUGGGGUCCAUUUGGGAUCCAUUUGGGGUCCCUUUGGGGCCAUUUGGGGUUCAUUUGGGGUCCAUGUGGGUCCAUUUGACUCCAUGUGGGGCCGUCCCAUUGCAGGUGCUGUCAGGGCAGUUUUGGGGUCCAUUUGGGGUCCAUUUGGGGUCCAUUUGGGGUUCAUUUGGGUCCAUGUGGGUCCAUUUGGGGCUGUUCAUUGCAGGUGCUGUCAGGGCAGUUUUUGGGGCCAUUUGGUGUCCAUGUGGGUCCAUUUAGGUCCAUUUGGCUCCCCGUGG